AGAACAAUGAGAGGGCAGGCACUGUUGUUUUUGUCGGUCCUCUCUCUCAGCUCGGUGCUCGGGCAGGUCAGCUACUCCAUUCCCGAGGAAAUGCCAAAAGGUUCUCUGGUAGGCAACAUGGCAAAAGAUUUUGGCUUGGAUGUGAAAAGACUAAAAUCGGGUAAAGCUCGCAUUUUUACGAAAGAUAGUGACGAAUACAUUGAGCUGAAUAAUGACAGAGGAGUCCUCCUCAUCAAAGACAGGAUAGACAGAGAAGCGCUUUGUGGACAGACGACGCCUUGUGCUUUGCAUUUUCAGAUUAUAUUAGAGAAUCCGAUGGAGUUUUACAGUAUAACGAUUGAGAUUAUUGAUGUAAAUGAUAACCCUCCAUCCUUCGAAAAGAACAACGUCAAAUUUAAAAUCAGUGAAUCUGCUGUUAGUGGAGCUAAAUUCAUACUCGAUCGGGCAGUUGAUCCCGAUGUUGGCUCAAAUGGUUUGCAGACAUAUAAACUUGAACCGACAGACAAUUUUGUUGUUAAAUUAUAUGAUCAAGUUGAUGGGACGAAAAACGUUGAAAUGGUCUUAGAGAAACCUCUAGACAGAGAAAAAAAUGAACACCUUUCUUUAGUCCUGACGGCGGUGGAUGGAGGAGAGCCGCAGAUGACAGGAACAAUGCAGAUUUUAAUCACUGUUUUAGAUGCUAAUGAUAAUGCUCCUGUUUUCACGCAACCCAUUUAUAAAGCCUCUAUAAAAGAAAAUGCACUAGUAGGAGCAGUAGUAGCGACAGUUACUGCGACAGAUGCAGAUCACGGGUCAAAUGGGAGAAUAACGUAUUCAAUUUCGAGCAUGUUAGAUCAUGCUCGCGGGCUGUUUGAAGUAAAUGAUGAAAGUGGAGAGAUUCGGCUGAAAGGUAAUGUUGACUAUGAAAAAUCUCGAACAUUUCAGAUAAACAUUCGCGCAAGUGAUGAUGGAGGACUAGUUGACUCGUGUAAAGUCAUGAUUGACGUCAUCGACAUGAAUGACAAUAAACCCGAUAUUCAUAUAAUGUCAAAAUCAAACGUGAUAUCAGAGGAUGCAAAACCCGGUACUGUGGUGACAAUGAUAACUAUUGAGGACGCAGACUCUGGUGAAAAUGGCAAAGUUCAAUGCAGUAUAAAUAAUGAUAUUCCCUUUGUGAUGAAGUCUACAAACAACGAUUUCUACAGUUUAAUUACAGACAGAGGUUUAGAUAGGGAGACCGCCUCUGACUAUAAUAUAACAGUGAUGUGCUCUGAUGAGGGAGUGCCCUCCCUCUCCAGCAGCGUCACUCUCACCUUACAGAUCUCUGAUGUGAAUGAUAAC